CUAUUGCCACUAGGAAUGGUAGGUAGAGAGCAGGAUAUACAGUUUAACUGGUUUACACUCCCAAAAACUAAAACUAAAAGUUAGACAACCCCUCCCCUAUUGAGCAAGAGGGUCUCUAGGGAAAUCAACAUUUACAAAUUUACUGGAAACAGUGCUUAUGCCUGGAACCUUCGCCGCUCCUGCUAUAUAGGUUACGUUUUGCCUUCACCUUUCCUCACAAAUUAAACUUUUCUUCGGCUCGCUCUUUUUCGUUUGCCCGAGAAGCUUUGUGUGUUUUUUUAAAACACUAAGCUAAAUAAGUAUCUAUAUUCGCUUGCCAUGGAUCAACCACCAUCGUAUCAGUCAGAGUUUGUCCCAAUGAACGGAAAUAAGUACAUGCGUCUUGAAGACCCUCACGGAGCGCCCAGGUUCCAACAUACCGUCGUCUUGGGACAGCCCCAGCCCGUUGUGCCUCAGCCCAGAGAUCACAUUAUCUGGUCACUUUGCAGCCUCGUGUACGGCAACCCACUAUGUCUCGGAAUGUUAGCUGUAUAUUUCUCCAUAAAGUCCAGGGACAGGAAGAUGGUUGGAGACUUGGAGGGAGCAAGAAAACAUGGGAAGACUGCACGCUGCUUUAAUGUUGUGACUCUGACCCUGGUCAUCCUUGGGCUGCUCUUUCUCUUCAUCAUCUAUGGUUUCUUCAUCUACAAAAUCUCACACUUGUAGUGUAGUUCCAGUCUUUGCUUUUGUCAAAAGUGUCUUUCCAGAUGUUUACACACCUCUCUAGGAUUGUGUCCUGAUACAUUUCUCUUACACACACACACACCACAGAUGCAAGGUCCGAUCACUUCUGACACCAAUGUAAUGAAACAGCAGGGAGCAGGUCUCAUACCCUCGACCUUCGAGCCCGAGGUCCGGUGCGCUAUCGACCUCCGCAAAAGCAUGCUCGUGCGGCAGAGUCGAUUUCCGUGCUUAUAAACCAAGGGUCGUUACAGUAUGUAUGUCACAAAAAAAUAUUUGGCUGGUAAAAAAUGUGAGUUGCUGGCAGAUGUUUUUCAACUACCUACCACAGUGAUUGAUGGGUAUAAAACACUAUUCAACAAAUA